ACGAGACAAACGCACAGGAACGACAACAACCGAAUCGGCUUCUCAUAUUUCAAGACAUUUUAUUAAUUUUAAGUUAAUAAAUACCUAAAUAAAAACGCAAUGGUCGACGUUAAAAAAUGCUUUUAUACCACUAUUCUUUCCCAAACUAUCUCCAGUGAUGGCAAGUAUUUAUUUUGUGGAAGCAAUUUCGGAGAGAUUUUAGUUUACAGCAUCGAUCGAAUCGUUUCCUGUUCGGAGAACGUUACCAGUGACCUCGAUAAAUUACCCACGGACCCCCAGCUGGUGUUUCCGUUGCCGGAAAAAUGUCAAGUCUACAGCCUCUCGUUCCACAAGGACUUUCUGAUCGUUGGCCUCAACGGGGAAAUUUGCGGCUACCAGUGGAAUGGUAAAAACGGAACAAUCGGUAAAAAAUCGUGGACCGUAAAGCUUCCAGCUUCUGCUGAAUACACCGACAUCAACGAGGUAAACUAUCUCUGGCUGGAUAAGACCAACGAGGUGCUGUACGCCGGUUGUGGAGAUAAUGUCAUGUAUGCCGUUUCCCUGGAGGAUGGCCGAGUCAUUCGUCAGUACCAGGGUCACAAGGAUUACAUCCACUGUGUGUCGGGAUGUGCCGAAAAGAUAGCCACCGCCUCCGAAGAUGGAACCGUAUUGCUGUGGGACUCCCGUCAGACUUCGUUUACUGGAAAGAUCGAACCACACACCCAUCAGGCACUGAACCGGUCAGAAUUUGGCAAAUGGCAGGGGACGGUGUCGAUUACCGAAGAUUGGCUGGUGUGUGGUGGGGGACCGCGCUUUUCGCUAUGGCAUCUGCGAUCACUCGAGUGCACGACGGAUUUUGCGUUCCCUAAUAGGCUUCAUGUGUCCGGAUUUAUCGAUGAUGCUAUCUACGCUGGUGGUGAUUUCAAGAAUCUGUACCAGUACAGCUUUAAUGGGGACGUGAUGGCGGAGAUUCCACUUUCGACGCCGGCAGUUUACAGCGUGGUGCAACAGCUGGAGCCCAACAGAAUUAUGGCAAUUGCCGGAGCUGCCAGCCAGAUUGAUGUUUGUACGAAUUUUAGCUAUCGGGACAUCGUGCUUAAUGCGUAUAAGAAGUAAACAUUUAAUAAAUAUAUUAAUAACCAUAGAA